AUGAAUCAGGAACCAAAGGAAUGUAUCCUGAAUACAUCGCCUACAAAGGAUAUCACAAUAUGUAGCUUCCACAACCAAAGAAACAUGGAAAUACCAGAAGGGCGGAAUCUCACCAAUGUAACAGAUUUUUUCCUCUUAGGAUUUCAAGCAAGCAAAUGUUUUCGCAUUUUCCUGUUCUGUCUGUUCCUGAUGAUUUACUGUGGGACAAUAUGUGGGAAUCUCCUGAUCAUCACCCUGGUGUCCACCAGCAAGAACCUCCACACCCCAAUGUACUUCUUCAUCUCACACCUGUCCAUCGGUGACAUCUUGUUAUCCACAGAUAUUGUCCCCAAGAUGCUUCAGAUUCUUCUAUAUAAUGGGGGGACCAUGACUUUUAUUGGUUGUAUCAUUCAGUUUUAUUUCUUUGGUGCCACAGAAGCAUUUGAGUGUCUUCUCCUGGCUGUGAUGUCUUAUGACAGAUAUGUAGCCAUCUGUAAUCCUCUCCGUUACUCCUCUAUCAUGACAAGAACUUGUUGUGUGAUAUUGCCUGUUAUCGCUUGGUGUUUUGGUUUCUUCAUUACAUUGAUUUCUUCUAACUUAACAGCAGUGUUACAUUUUUGUGGACCAAAUAUCAUUGACCAUUUUUUCUGUGACAUUAAACCUUUACUGGACAUUGCCUGCUCUGAUACCUUUAUUGUGCACUUCGAAAUCACAUUACUAAGUUGUCCUACAGUGAUCCUCCCGACCGUAAUAAUAAUUGUAUCUUAUUUCAAGAUUAUUGCUGCCAUCUUGAAGAUCCCAUCCAAUACUGGUAGACAGAAAGCCUUCUCCACCUGUAGCUCCCACCUCAUUGUGGUCUCCAUAUUCUACGGGACUAUUUUUGGGGUUUAUGCUUUUCCUACACAAGACCAAGCCUUAAAUAUUAGCAGACUAUUAUCAAUAGUAUAUACUAUAUUUACCCCUUGCAUCAACCCCAUUAUAUAUAGUCUAAGAAAUAGGGAUAUUACUCAAGCUAUAAAAAAAAUCUUUAAUAAAAAAUAA